AUGUUUAAUGUGUUCAAACGAGAAGAAGGGCCCAAAAAGCUUUCAGAUACUAUAAAAAAAAAUUGCAAACAAGCAAAAACAUAUACAGGGCCUCUCCCUGUUUAUAUAAUUCCACUGAAAAAAAAUAAUUUCAAUGUCGAUGGAUGCAAGAGUUUCACUUUUGGGAAAGAGUCCAGUAAACCUAAUCGCACCAUAAUGGUUCUCGGAGCGACUGGUGCUGGGAAGUCAACUCUCAUCAACGGGAUGAUCAAUUACAUUUUAGGUGUUAAAUGGGAGGAUCCAUAUCGAUUUAAGUUAGUUGAUGAGGGUGAGUUAACUUCACAAUCUGAGAGUCAGACCUCUGAAGUCACUGUGUACAAAGUCAACCACCAGCAGGGAUUUGAAAUUGAGUUCUCUCUGACCAUUGUGGACACUCCAGGCUUUGGAGAUACAAGAGGCAUAGAAAAAGACAGAGAGAUCGUAGAGCAGCUACGUAAUCUCUUCUCUGCUCAGGGUGGUGUCAGUGAAAUCGAUGCUGUGUGUUUUGUAGCUCAGGCUGCUUUAGCACGACUCACACCAACACAGAAAUAUGUGUUUGAUUCAGUGCUCUCAAUCUUUGGCAAAGAUGUAGCAGAAAACAUCAGGAUCCUGGUGACAUUUGCAGACGGUCAGCGACCUCCAGUUCUCGAGGCGAUCAAUGCUGCAGGAGUCCCAUGUCCUAAAACAAAAGACGGGCUGCCGGUUCACUUCAAAUUCAAUAACUCAGCGCUGUUUGCAAAUAACAAAUCAGCUGUAGCAGAAAGCACGAGUGAUGACGAUGAAGAAGAAGGUGGCUUUGAUAAGAUGUUUUGGGAGAUGGGCACAAAAAGCAUGAAGAGGUUUUUUGUUGCUCUGAAUAAAAUAGAAACUAAAAGCUUGACACUGACACAGGAAGUCCUCAGAGAAAGAAAGCAGCUCGAGAAUUCAGUUGAGAAUCUGCAGGAGCAGGUGAAACUUGGGUUAGCCAAGCUUGAGGAGAUAAAAGAGACGAGUGAAAAACUUAAAGAACAUGAAGCAGAGAUCAGCAGAAAUAAGAACUUUGAAUUUGAAGUUACUGUCAAAAAGCCUUAUCAUGAUGACAUUUCUAGGACUGGAAACUACAUCACCAACUGUCAGCAGUGUCAUUAUACCUGUCACUACCCUUGUGGCAUACCAAAUGAUGCAGAUAAACGUGGCUGUGUAGCAAUGGGGCAAAAUGGAAACUGUAAAGAGUGCCCAGGAAAAUGUGUUUGGAAUGUACACUUUAACCAGAAGUACAAAUGGGGCUAUAAAGAUGUUAAAGAAAAAAGAACAAUAAAGGAGCUGGAAGAAAAGUAUCAGGAAGCCACAGGAGAGAAGAUGACUGUUCAGAAAGUGAUUGAUAAACUGAAUGCUGAGUAUGAAAGUUUGCAGGCUGACGUAGUGAAACUGAUGGAGAGAUCUUCCAAGUGUCUGAACAGACUCAAAGAGAUAGCACUGAAGCCCAACCCUCUGUCCACUCCAGAGUACAUCGACAUGCUUAUUGAAGGAGAGAAAUCUGAGGGCAAACCAGGCUGGAAGCAACGAGUUCAGUCUCUGAUGUUCAUGAAGGAAAAAGCAGAGACAAUGGCUAAAAUAGAGCAAGGCAAGAAACUCCUGCGUCAUCAAGAAUCACUUGAUGUCAAUCCUUAG